AUGGAAGCCCUAAUCCACCACUUCACGCUCCUCUCCGAUCAAGCCCUAGUCGACAAAACAUUCGACCCUUCCACAAUCGAAGACCUCAUGCGUCUCUUCGAACUCGACUCCUACAAAGCUUGGGCUGCCUUGGAAUCCGAGCAGCAACAAGAGCUCGAAGCUGCUGAAGAAUCUAUCCGUGAAGCCGAAUCCGAACUCGAUCGGGAUAUGGAGUGGGGAAUGGAGGAGUAUAGGAGGACGUUGGAGGAGAUGGAGAGGAUGGAGGCGGCGGAGCUGAGAGAGCUUGAGGAGAAGGCGGAGACUGCUCGGAGAACGGGGAAUCUGAUGGAGAAAGCGGCGACGAUCGCAGCGAAACGGCAUAUUGCGGCGGCGAUGGGAUCGGCUGCUGCCUCGAUGAGAUCGGCUUGGAAGACUGCAUCUGGGAACAAGGUUCAUCCAUCUUGA